AUGAGUAAUGAGAAGAAGAAUACAUAUAACAGGAACCACGGAGCACAAGAAAUCACCAUGAGACGCCGUCCUCGAGAUGAGCCCGGGCUUGUCAACUGCAGGUGGUGGAAGAAAGGCCACUGCCGGAGGGGAGACACCUGCUACUUCCGACAUGAUCCCUGCCUACAGGGCGUUGACCGUCGGGCUGAUGUAGCUGCAGCUGCGGCUGUGGCUGCGGCUGCAGGUGACGAGAACGGAGUCACAACUCAGGAUGCUCAAGAGCCAUCGCAGCCAGGUCAACCCAACGACUCGGCCAAAGAGCCCGAGCAGUGCUCUAUUUGCUUAGAAGUUCCGAAAGUUUGCGGCCUAUUGACUGAUUGCGAUCAUGUCUUUUGCCUAGAAUGCAUUCGACGUUGGAGGCACUCCCGGCAAGGAGACCAAAACAGUCGGAAUAUUGGUCGUGGCUCCCGCUCUGACGACCCAUAUGCGAUAUGGGGCCCAACCACGACCAAGUCUUGUCCCCUAUGCCGUAAACCCAGCAAAUACAUAAUACCCUCUGCGAUAUUUCCCACUCCAUCGCCAGUCACACAGGAUGCGUCAAAAGGUAUAGUAGAAAGCGAGACAGCAGCUUCCAGUAAACCCAUCCCCAAUGGAACUACACUUAACCCACUGAAGGCAUCAAUCAUCAAAGAAUAUAAUCGAAGUAUGAAGAAGAUACCCUGCCGUUACUUCCAGACUGCCAUAAAAAACUGGGAACAAAAAGUGAAAGAAGCAACGGAAAAGGGGGCAGCAGAGCCCCCAUUUCGGCCAGGAUGCUACUUUGAAAACAAGUGCCAUUAUGCCCACAUCGAUCCCCAGACCGGAGAGCCAUACAUCUUUGAUGCCGCGCUCAUCGCGGAGAUGCACAGAAAGCGGUUACGGCGCGAGAACCAACGCCGACUACAGAAUAUUCUAAAUGAGGUCCUUUUGAUGGGUGUAUCACGGCGAGAGUUCGACUAUUCCUAUCUAUCUACCUCCCCACCACCUGAACUAGAAGCUUGGCCCAUAUCUCGUCCCGAUUUUGAUGAAUCUUCUUCUACUGAUCUAGAAUCCUUUUCACUGCCUAAUUGGCGUGUCUGA